AUGUGGGACUUGACGACCGCGCUAGAUCAGUACAUGGCAUCUCGUCAGAAUCCAUUGACUACUGCACCCUCAGCGAGUGGUAUGGAUACGUUAAAGCCAGCAUCAGGCGGAGUUAGAUUACCGCCUACGCUACUCCAGGGUUUAAAUGGGCCAUCACCUCAAGAACUUCUACAGCUAAUCGAUGAAUGCGAGAUUUGCUGUAACAGUAUGAGUCCGACGCCUGCAUCAACUCCGCAUUCAUCUGUAGCACAUUUGCCGGGGCUUUAG